AUGGAAGAGGAGAAUGAUGAAAUUAUUGAAUCUGCACAAUCAGAAGGUGGAAUUAGAAAUGUGAUCUCAAACAAGGAAAAGAACAUAGGAGAUAGCCAUAACGAGGGAAGCAUUUUUAAUGAAUUAAAACACAUGGAAGAGAUCAUAAAAACAAAGCUGCUUGACACCCGAAAGAAAGCACAUAAUUUGGAGAAAAGGGCGAGGCUAAAAAAAAGGACAACUCUUAAGAGAACUUCAUUGGCAGAUAAAGCAUUAGGAAUUAUAAUAAAAGAACGAAGGGAAUGGACAUUAUCAGAACUUAAUGAAGUAAUUUAUACAGCAGCAUCUGUGGUAGCUAGUGAAAGUGAAGGAAAAACUACAUACAGAUCGAAUCUGUGUGAACCGAGAGCAACUAAACUGGAAACCGUUCAAACAGGAUACAGACUUGAACUCCACGAACUUUUGCUCCAAACAUACCAAGAACUCUCUAAAACAGUAACAGAACAACGACUCAUAGACCAAAAAAGAGUAAUUUUGAAGAACAAUAGACUCACCGGCAAAGAACUAGAACAGAUAAGAUUAAAAGUUGCACAAGAGCUGAACAAUAAUAGUGAGGAAUCGGAUACAAAACUUAAAAGGAAAGAUAUGGAAGAACAUAAAAGACAUACAUACAUCCCUACAAUCUGUACCGGAUAA